AUGGACGCCAAGAAUUCCCCUCACUAUCAGCCAACGGCGCGCUCUCUGGCUACCGACCACGAGCAGGUCCUGCCCCUGCUGGGAAAACAACCUGCGUGGACGACACCGAACGCUGUUCAUCCAGUUGCUAUUAAUAACCAUCCUUAUCCCCUGCUCCAUCAUCCAUAUACCUAUUCGAUCGCAACGCCCAUUCCUGGUCCAGUACCGGGUCCUGCGCCGCCGCUGCCACCAUCCCCGAUCUCAUCAUUACCACCGCAACAACAACAUCAACAACUACAACAUCAACUACAACAACCGCCGCCAUUGCCACCACAACCCUCCGCACCGGUCCACGGCAGCGCGCCACCCCUCCCGACUGCAGACUCAACCCGCCAAGAUGCAAACAAGAACGGAGUGACCAAGGCGCGCAAACCGCGCAAGACCAACAAUGCCUCGGGGGGGAAAUCAACGCUGUUCUGGGUGCAUACCGAUCCCAAAUCUGUGUCGGAAGGCACCAGAGAAGAGACUCUCAAGCGCAUUCGUUCUCAUGUGAUGUCCGAGCAUAAUCGCAAGAAGCGACUGGAAAACACCAAGCGGUACAAGAGCAAGACCUGGAAACACCUCGCUUUUCAACCGGUAGAGACAACCGCCUCCAGCUCGGCGGCGGCGGCAGCAACCUCUGCCUCUCCCACGAAUCCCUCACCUAAGCAAACCGUUACUGAGUCCUCUUUUGGGGCUCGAAUCACCUCCGAGUCGCCUCCCCCAUCCUCCUCCUCGUCAGCUUCAUCAUCACCCGAACAGCGGCAUCGAGAGGAACCGCAAAAUGCGUUGGUGGUCACGGAGGCGAGCAGUUACCCGGUUGUAUCAGCGGCAGCCGUGAACAGUUAUAGCAUUGACGCGCCAACGUCGAACGAAUUUUCGCCUGUGCAGGUGGCAUCUCCGUGGACUCUGGUGGGUCAGGGAGGCAGCGACCCUUUCAAUACCUCGCAUACGGUGUUAACGGACCGCAUGUCGGGGCACCUCCAACACUUCUUUGAGUUGACGCAGAUAUCAUACCCGCUGCAACGCCGGUAUGGGCCCAAGCUAAGGGCCCACUGGGCUGCGUUAGUCCAACAGGACCCAGCCUCGUUGCAUGCUUGCAUCUGUGUCGCAGCAUCCAAUACUGCUUUGUCGCAAGGAGAAUUGCCCCUGAGAGACCCGAAUGAGCGGCGAUCCAGUGCGCUACUUCUCGAUACGUUCCAUCAUCGAGGUGAAACAAUUCGCCUGGUCAACGAAGGUCUUUCUGACCCGAUCAAAGCGUCCAGUGACGAAUUGAUCGCUGCCGUCUCUAUUCUCCUAACCAUUGAGAUUGCUUCCGGCAAUGCUGAUUACCUGAAGAUCCACCUUGCCGGGUUGCGGCAGAUGGUUGGUAUGCGGAACACCUUCGCAGACGUGCCACCUGAUGUUCGAUUCCAGAUUACAUGGACGGAUAUUCGAGUCGCAUGCAUGGCUUCCACCAAGCCCAUAUUCCCUUUCAUUCGUUACGCCCGUCCUCUGCAUUUAGCGCUUCAGCCUCCCAGCAAAGAUCUUGAGCUUACCGCCUCGCGGUUGAUACAAUUAAUUGAGAUACCCGGCAUCUUCGGCGGUGCCAUGUCUAAGAUAAUAUGGGACCUGGUUGAGCUAACCUGGUACUGCGAAUGGAUCAAGAGUGGGCCAAGCUACCAAGACUUUGACGAGGAGACCGAGGAUUACUUCAACACCGAAGUGCUCCACGUUGAAUACGCCCUUCAUACGGAUCGCUUCACCGCCACCGGCGAAGUCAAGGGCGAUGCCACCAUCGAGGGCUGCGUUCGACUGGCUUGCUUGUUAUUCCACAACAACGUGAUCUGGAGUUUCUACCCGGCUGUCGCACCGGUCUUCCCCAAACCAAUCAUCAACCUUCGCCUGGCAUUAGAGUCGACGAUGAAAGCCGGGUAUUUCGAGCUGUGUCGCGACGUCUUGAUCUGGAUUCUAUUCAUCGGAGCCACCAGCUCCGGCCUGCUCCCGGAUCGAGCCUUCUUUGUGAAUGAGCUCGCAAUCGUGCUGAGGCAAGAAGGAAUCCAAUCGUGGCAGGAGCUCCGCGCACUUCUGCUGGGAUUUUUCUACGUGGACCGGUCCUAUCUCCAGCCGCUACGGGAGUUGUGGGAUGAGCUCCACACCAUGCCGGUCGUAUCGCCGGAGUGUAUAUAA